AUGCGGCUACAAAGAGUCGAUGAGCACUCAGACCGCCUUGCGGACAACAUAGCGGACGCAUACAGCAAACUCUGUGGACUCGCUGCAGACCUGGACGACUUGGCAAAUGCGCUGAAGCAGGAUGUCACUGAGAGUGUUACGUGCGACUCGAGAGGCGAAUUUUCUUCUUCAAAAGAAGUGCAUCGACGCGGGCAGGCGCUGAGUGUCGAUUGCGGCAAGCACGCAAAUCCAGAGCACGAAAACGAGGCGAGAAGCGUAGUUCCCGCAAAACGAUUGUCGGAAGAGAGUGAAGACCCACCACCAGGAUUGGCGGCGGUCAGCAGCAGUCUCUUGGCCAGCGCCGAGCCAAACGGGCCACUUGUUGAAGACGAUGCCACUCCAGACAGCGCUCGUGAUGUCUGUACAGCUGGCCAUGGCGGGGUCAGCCGCCAAGAGGAAGUCUGGUGGGAUAACACAUCUGCAAGCGUCGGUCGUGAAAGGCAUCGCCAAGGUGAUCGCGGCUGUGACGAAGCUCCGUCAUCGACGCGUGAUGCAUUUCAUGCUCUUUUGUCUGCGCCGAUCAUUCCUCGAGCUGCGCGGCGCCCUCGGUGGUGGCGCGGAGAGAUACAAAGCGAGCACCAUUUCGAGUCAUGCCUGAGACGGAAUGAAGGAUAUGACGCCAAGCCCAGCACACGUCUGGACUCGCCAGCUGGCUGCAAUCGCGAGGAGAAGACCGACGACGAAGGCGUACGCUUUGGCGACGGGCGAGAAUGCGACCCGUACUGCAUGCAUAGCGAGGAUUUUUUUUCCCUCACAGAUGUGAUAUCCCCGUUCAUUCGAGGGUCUGCUUCGCGGAGCGUCCACGAACACACUCGUGCGUCCGAUCUCCCAUCUUCAGCUAGUGUGCCAAUGACUCAUCAUGCCGCGCUUAUGCAGAGGCCGACAAGCGAAGACUCCCAAGCAGCGAAAAGCUCAAGUGCCAUCGAUGGGGACGCCGAGCGUGGACACACAAAGGAGGAGGCGGUGCGGUUGGAAACGGACGAGGGAGAACAUCUCUGUAGCUUGUUAAACGGUGGCGGAGGCAUAACGCGUUGGUGUUCGUUCGCGUCUAGAAAGGUUGGCGAUUUCAAGCCGUUCCUUCGUCGGGAGGGGCCCUCUCUGGUGUCACCUCGGGAGUGUCAGGCGUCACUCCCAGUCGGUGGCAUGCAUGUUGCAGACGGCCGACAGCCGGCGAGAAUACUGCCGUUCAGUGUCCCAGACGAGGCCCCGUGGGUCGCGGCUGUUAACACUUCGUAUGCAGCUGGGAUCCCUUCGCUGAUGCUCCCUCAAAUCGUCCGAGGUCGCUCCGACCCUACCCGCCAUCGACCGGCUGAGCUGCACGGCGCCAGCCGAGCGACGAGUCUUGGGCCAUCCCGCGGCGCGGGCUUCCCAUGUCAAAGAGACGAGACAGUGUGUGCAGGAAUCGACUCACAGCCGGACCUUCAGCAUGAGGACGGUCGUGGGGGUCAGCUCGCCGACGCAUUGCACGGACGAGAUCCGUUUGACCAGGCGUGGGUACCGCACAGCUGUUCCGAGGAAAAGAAUCGGCAUGCUGGACAAAACCCAGACGGACACAACUCGUUGGCGGGAGGCCCAGCGGCAGAGCUUGAAACAAAAGCGAGCGCCUUGAAAGGAAGAGGAUCACCGGUUGGCUCCACGACGAUGGGGGCGACGAUGGCUUUUCCACAUGUGAAAGGCGUGACUUACAAUAGGAUGAAGAAGUACUGGAUCGCUCAGUGGAUAGAGAAUGGCCAGUCGAAGGUGAAGUAUUUCUCAACCUUCAAGUACGGCGACGAAGCUGCGCAUGACCUCGCCGUUGAGUGGCGCAUGAAGCACGCGGGACGUGGUUCCUCCACCGACGACCGCUUUUCACAACGAAGCAACGAAAUCGGCAGAACGGUCGAUGCUCGCGGGCUGGCACACGACGGCUCAGAGCCUCGCUCGUGCGCUGUGAGAGAAGGCCGGAAUCCAGGUGCUGCGGGGACCCUUGGACAGGGCAUUGUGGGCGUUUCGUUCUCGCGCACGGGCAAUGCAUGGCUCGCGUACAUCAAGAACCGCGUAACCAAGACGCAGCUCAAUCGCUACUUCAAGGUGAACGUCUACGGAUUCAGAUUGGCGAAGAAGAAGGCAAUAGAGGCGCGCUUGGAGUUGGAAGAACGAAUGCGCAACAGCAAUCAGUCUGGUUGGGACGCGUUUAGCGACCGGAAAUCGUUGGCGGUUGGCGUGUACUAUGAAGAUAAAAACGAUUCUUGGGUUGCAUGCUGCCGGGAUCCCCGAACAGGAGAAGGCAUCUACAAGUUCUUUCCUGUGUCGGAAUGUCCGGGCGGCGACUUAGAAGCGCGUGCGAAAGCUAUUGAUGCCCGCAUGGAUAUGGAUGACGUGCUUGGGGCGGACGACGAGCAGUCCCUGACCCAGCUAACUGGAGAGGUUGCUCGGCGGAAACGGAAGCGGAAGAUGGAGGACGAAGGGAGGGUGCUGCAUGACGAGACUGGCGUGGCCGAACUGUUGAGCAAAGAAAAUUAUGAAGGGACGCGCGAUAACGCUGGAGGGUCGGAGACCGACGUUGGAACACAGGCCAUAUGCCCGACAGAGAGGGAGCGAAGUGCAACGAAGUCGUCAGGAACUACUCACGUGGGAGGGGAGCAGAGAACGGCUGCGGAUGAAAGUGACGACACGCGUCUGACUGGUGUCAUCUUGGGCGCUGGAGACCACGUAGAUCCAUGCCGGGAUUUCGUUCGAAUCGAACGAAGCUGCGCAGGGGGGAACGGUGGCACAGAGUUUAGACAUGUCCAUGAAAGUGGCGCCCAUGAAACCAUUGACCCGGUAAAUGCGGCGGCUGACGGCAAUUCUUGUCUGUCAGGAGAUGUAGAGGUGAGUCCCAAAGAGAAUCAUCAAGAGGAAGAACUCCUCGAUGAAGAGGGAGAUGACGGAGAUUCUCUUACACAGAUACACGCUGUCGAGGAACCAUCAUCAGGGCGUCAAGCAGACAAGACAAGGCAAAGACCAACGCAGCACGCACGGGGCCUCCCGACAGCAAACCUGCGGGCGACGUCGUUGGACCCCUCACCUUAA